AUGGCCUUCCACCCAACCACAAGCACCACCACCUACCUCAUCACCGGCGCCAACCGCGGCAUCGGCCGCGGCCUCGCCGACAUCCUCCUCCGCCGCCCCAAUACCACCCUGAUCGCCCUCGUGCGCGACCCCUCCCACCCCACCUCCCUCUCCCUCCAAUCCAACCCCUCCGGCGCCCCCGGCACGCGGGUCAUCAUGCUCCCCUACGAAGGCACCUCGCCCACCGCUGCCCUCAGCGCCAUCACCACCCUACAAACCCAGCACGCCAUCUCCCGCAUCGACGUCGUCAUCGCCAACGCCGGCGCCAUCCUCUCGCGCGGGCCCGUGGCCACUCUGACUCCCGAGGAGAUCGCGGCGCACAUGGCCAUCAACUGCACGGCGCCCGUGUUGCUGUUGCAGGCGACGCUGCCGUUGCUGCGAGAGGCGAGGAAGGCCAAGGAAGCCCAAGAAGGCUAUGAGGCGAAAUUCAUCGCGGUUUCGUCGGCGAUUGGGUCGACGGGCAUGAUUGACAGGCAUUUGCACGCGAGCACGCCCGCGUACGGCGCGAGUAAGGCGGCGAUGAACCAUGUGAUGCGCAAGGCGUUUUUUGAGGUCGGGGAGGAUGUUGAUAUUGAGAUGUAA